GCGCGCCCCGCGGGCGGCAGAGGCGGGACGGCGGGCGCGGAGGGCUCAGCUCGGCUCAGUUAGGCUCGGCUUAAUUCGGCUCGCCACACUGCGACCCAGAGCUCGCGCUGCUCGGCACCGAGAGACAACAUGCCAGUGUCAAGAAUGCGCAUGAGGCCCUGGUUGGAAAUGCAGAUUAAUUCAAAUCAAAUUCCAGGACUGAUAUGGAUUAACAAGGAUAAGAUGAUGUUUCAAAUCCCAUGGAAACAUGCAGCAAAGCAUGGCUGGGACAUGGAGAAAGAUGCCUGCCUGUUCCGGAGCUGGGCCAUUCAUACAGGAAGGUAUAAAGUAGGUGAGAAAGACCCUGAUCCGAAAACCUGGAAGGCGAACUUCCGCUGUGCUAUGAACUCACUGCCUGACAUCGAAGAAGUGAAGGAUAAAAGCAUCAACAAAGGCUCCAGUGCUGUCAGGGUUUACAGGAUGCUGCCACCCCUGACAAAGGAUCAGAAGAAAGAAAGGAAGUCAAAGUCGUCAAGAGAAGCAAGAAACAGGAGCAAGAGAAAGUCGUAUGAAGACAUGAGGACGGAGGAGUCAGCAGAAAGACUAACCACCACUCCUCUGCCAGAUGACCACAGCGGCUACACUGUUCAUGACUACGCGGGACAGGAAGUGGAGGUUGAGAGCACGUCCAUCACCUUAGACCUCUCGCCGUGCGAGGUGAGCGGCUCCCUGACCGACUGGAGGCCGCCGAUGGAGAUCACCAUGGCUGACAGCACCAACGACCUCUACCAGCUCCAGGUGUCUCCCCUGGCUUCAUCCUCGGAAGUCACAGAUGAAGAUGAAGAGGAAAUCAAUUCGGAGAUUUUUAAGCUGCUUGAACCAGCCCAGGACUGGCACACCACCAGCGUCGGGGGGAAAGGCUUUCUCACCAACGAGCCAGGCGCGCAGACCAUGUGCAGCACUUACAGCUACAAGGAGCAGGAUGGGGAGAUCGACACGACUUCGGGAGAGCUGGAGUUCAGGUUCUUCGACCAGAAAACCAGCCUAGACUUCUCCUGGCUGGACACAGUGAGACCUACCAUGCAAGUCAUUCCCUGUGGCUUGUAAACCUGGCGUCCUCCCACCACGAACUGCUCUUCUGUAGAAACCUUGACAAGUCUGAAAAAAAAAAAAAAAUGGAAGAAAUUGUUUGUUACUGACUGAACAAAGAAAGUAGCUUUUAUAUUCCGUUUAACUUUUAGGCCUGAAAAGGUUAGCAAGAAAAGACUCCAGUAUAAGUAAAAUAAAAGGACUCUCAUCUCAGUAGCAGGACUCCUGGCACCGAAGAUGCUCGGCCGCAGCACGCACCGUGUCACGGCUGGAAGGCUGCCGAGGGGCUGUGGGGUACGGCUGAACGGCGUCGGGUGCUGGAGCCCUGGGGAGGCCGUUACCAUCCUCCCACAUGGGACAGGACGAGCACUUUUACCCACGGAGUGCUCAGGAGAGACACUGCAACGGAGUCUCUUACUUGUUAAGUUUUGGUUGCUGCUUACCUGUGCAACACUGGUGCCAUUGAGCUUCACAACUGUCAUUACACUUAGAAAAAUUGCA